CCGGACACUUGCUCAUCAACUCUGGAGGCGACAUGAAGCUGCUCACGGCGGUCUCAGUUCUGGCGUGCGUGGCGUUGGCGGCGGCCGGCAAGACUGGCCUCGAGGACUUCUGGACGCGCUAUGGAGGCAUCAAGAUCAUGAAAAGUUGUCUUACUGAGGAGGGGACCAAGAAAUGGAUUGACCUGCUUCACAGAGCCCUGACCGAUUGCAAUCCAUCCAGCCAAGGAAGCUCGGUUCCGGUCGACGCUGUUGAAAAUGCAGACUGGGAUGGCAUUUUGAGCGAAGUGGCUGCAAAACCUGACGCUAGGACGCGCCGAUCCAUCGCCUACAGUGCAGAAAAAAUCCGAAGAAUUAAGGACAAACUGUCGCAGAAAAUUGAGACGUUCAGAUGCGUGAUGCGAGCAGUUAAAGUGACUGACGCUAACAACGCCGUGUCCACGGACAUUGUGAUGGCUCAGUACCGUAAGCUGAAUAUCUCCUCGACCCUCAUGGACGACAUCGAGCAGGCCGUUAUGCAGUGCCAUGCGUUCACCGACUGCUUGCCUCUGGAAGGCCGCAAGAACUUACCUGUGCCUGCUGACGUCAUCAAAACCAAGGCAUUCCUGGAGUGUGAAAAAUAUCUGCGAUAUUGGGCGUGCCUUAAGAACGAUUUAAAGGUGAAAGUCUCGAAAGGGGCGUUCGACUUCAAGGGCUUGGAUGGUAGUUUGAAUUACCUCAAGAAUGAUGAAUCAAGGGCUGCGGCCAUCUUGUUGGCGGAAGAAGCUGUGGGUCCGGAUAACUAUAACUUGUACGAGUGAAAUCAGUUCAAUUUGUAAAACAUACAUAACAGUUGGUCUGAUGAACACCAGUCUUAAAAAUGAAUUUAUUGUUUAGCACAAUAUAAUAAUAUGACCAUCUAAAUUUAAACGUAGAAAAAUGCCUCAAUAUUUGUGAACUCAACCGACACAAAAUCGAUGAAAAUUUCAAUUGAGUAACUUGUUCGCAUAGAGAUUGGCAACGUCAACUGAAUGAUAUAGGAUCCUGUAUCUUCUUGCGUCUGGCAUGAAGAAAGCACGAAGAAAUUGAUAUCGCUCUAACCUGCUCUGUAGAACAAAUUAAAAUGAAAUGAAAG